GUGAUUCUAGCCGAUGUGAAAUAUUUAGAAGUUACCAGUAUCUUUAAAAAUGUUACACUUAAGAAAUUUAAUUUAAUUAUGAAAGAAUCAUCCCAUCCAUUAUACUCAGACAUUAUCGUAAAUAGAUCGGGAAGGGUUAGACUUAAACAACAUAACAUAUCCACAAACCGUUUUAGAAAUUCAGCAUUGUAAAUUGAUUGUAAUUUAUUUAAUCAAAAUUCAAGAAUAACUACACAAACUCUAAUUUUUAUUUAUUAUUGAAUUUUUAAUUGAUAUUUAUCAUAUUUAUAAACGAUUCUAUGUUAUGUAUAAAAAAUAUCCCUUCCUACAAAAAAUAACAGGCCACAUUAAUUUGUUAUCAUAUUUUACGACAGUUUCAACGACUGACUAUAAACCACAUGAAGGUCAGGAAAAAGCAGCUAGUAGACUUAAUGUGGUACCUAUUGUAACGCCGCUUCUCGUCGUCGUAUUUCUAAGCAUCGUUUUAAGUUUGUUCGUUUAUCAAAGAAUGCGGAACAGACAUUGCUAUCAUAACAAUGUGGCCUUAACAAGAUGUACAGACAAAAAUCAACCAAAACAACCACCACUGAAUGAAGUUGUGCAAUCAGCGGUAAAAUGCCAUGUGGAAGAUGAGCUAUACGCCACAAUCGUGGAUAUUCAUAAAGGUGCCGAAGGAGAAUCUAAAGCGGCAACUGAGUACCUAGUAGUAAUAGAUGACUACAUGGUGCCAACACAAUUAUCCGAUGAUGAGGAACGCUGCACAAGACAUGACGUGGGACCAGCGUUAUACGAUGCCACAAUCGCCCCUAACAACUGAUGCACGGUCGGUUGAAACAUGCGUGUAGACUGCCACCUAGCGUUUCAUUAAAGAAGAUGAUUAGCAUCGGAGAAACAUCAAUUUAAAAAUUGCUUGCACUUAUUUAGAAACAGCAAGCGGAAUAAUGCAAUGGAGAAAUAUAAAAAAUAUAGACUCUAAAUUCCUUUCAUUAUAUUUAAAUUUUAUAUAUACACAAUUACAUAUUUUUUUUUUAUAAAAUAAAAAAAUAGAAUAUAAUAAGAUUUUGAUAUUGUGUUCAUUAAAAUAAAUAUCAACGAUACCGCUCCAUAAAUCCCAUCUUACCCCCAUAACUUUUAUGUCAUAUGUCUAAGCACAAUUAAGGUAGAAAACAAAGCAUUACACAUGACACUGCCGAAAAUUGUGUUUAACAUUGGCUGAAACACAACAUCUAGUUUGAGUUUGGUAGAUACGAGUAGAAGAUCUAGUGCUUCACACUGCAUAAACUGGGAAUAAGCUCCUCUGCCCUAUAAGUCCAAUUGGCUCCUGGAAGUUUUUAUUUAAGAAAGCGUUACAUUCUUAUCUUGCCAUCUAUUUUGCAGGUCUUUAUGAAGUUAAGUUUAUAAUAAUAUAUUAAAAAUCUAUAUAAUUUCCGUUUUUUGAAAUAUUCACUAUUAGCAAUUGUGCUUGUGACAAGUUUUCAUGACCAAUAAAAUUGU